CUCUCGGAGUAGUAGUUGUGUAGUUUUGCUGAAGAAAGAAAAAGCAUACAAGCAAGCAGCAAGAGGAAGCCUUCGCCAGACCACAGCCCUCAGAAGAUCAAAGACGACACCUGAUUUUCUUAGAGAAGAACAUAUACUGAAUAGAGAAGAGGACAAUGCUGUGUGUGAACAGGACCUUUAUUUUGAAGUGAGGAUAUGACAUCAUAAGACUGCGCCAAGCUCCUGUAUCUGCUGUGAUUCUGCUGAAGAAAGAUGGCAUUUAUUAAAGAGGAGACUGAAGAUAUGAAGAUUGAGUUUAUGGAGUUUAAAGUGGAGACUGAAGAUAUAAAGAUUGAGUUUAUUAAAGAGGAGAGUGAAGACAUGAAGAUUGAAGAAACAUUCAGAGUGAAACAUGAAUAUAUUGAGGAACAAACAGACCUAAUGGCACUGAAAGAGGCGAGUCAUGAACGCAAUGAAAGGGAAGAAGAGAAAGAACAUUAUGAAAAACAUCACAAUUUCAUGACUGGGGAAAGAUCGACACAGGUUAAAAAGUCUUCCUCACAAAAAAGAGCUCAAAAGUCAGAAACUAAAAGUUAUUUCACCUGCCAACAGUGUGGACAGAGUUUCAGUCAAAAAGGACAUCUUAAAGUCCACAUGAGAGUACACACUGGAGAAAAGCCUUACACCUGCCAACAAUGUGGAAAGAGUUUCAGUCAAAAAGGAAACCUUGAAAUCCACAUGAGAGUACACACUCGAGAGAAGGCUUACACCUGCCAACAGUGUGGAAAGGGUUUCGCACAUAAAGGAAGCCUUAAAGUCCACAUGAUAAUUCAUACUGGAGAAAAGCCUUACACCUGCCAACAGUGUGGAAAGAGUUUCACACAUAAAGGGAACCUUAUAGUCCACAUGAGAAUUCAUACUGGAGAAAAGCCUUACACCUGCCAACAGUGUGGACAGAGUUUCAGUAAUAAAGGAACCCUUACAGCCCACAUGAGAAUUCACACUGGACUGAGUCAAUUCACCUGCCAACAAUGUGGACAGAGUUUCACUGUAAAAAGAAACCUCAAAGACCACAUGAGAGUUCACACUGGAGAUAAACCUUUCACCUGCCAGCAAUGUGGAAAGAGUUUCAGUCAAAUAGGAAGCCUUAAAGACCACAUGAGAAUUCAUACUGGAGAAAAGCCUUACAUCUGCCAACAGUGUGGACAGAGUUUCAGUAAGAAAGGAAACCUUAUAGUCCACAUGAGAAUUCACACUGGAGAAAAGCCUUACACAUGCAAAGAAUGUGGACAGAGUUACAGUCAAAAAGGAAACCUUAUAAUCCACAUGAGAAUUCAUACUGGAGAGAGCCCAUUCACCUGCCAACAAUGUGGACAGAGUUUCACUGUAAAAAGAAACCUUAAAGACCACAUGAGAAUUCACACCGGAGAGAAACCUUUUACCUGCCAGCAAUGUGGAAAGAGUUUCACACAUAUAGGAAGCCUUAAAGUCCACAUGAGAAUUCAUACUGGAGAAAAGCCUUACACCUGCCAACAGUGUGGACAGAGUUUCAAUAAGAAAGGAAACCUUACAGUCCACAUGAGAAUUCACAAUGGAGAAAAGCCUUACACCUGCCAACAGUGUGGAAAAAGUUUUAAACAACAUAGAAACCUUCAAGUCCACUUGAGAGUUCACACUGGAGAAAAGCCUUACACAUGCCAACAAUGUGGACAGAGUUUUACUGUAAAUGGAAACCUUAAAGUCCACAUGAGAAUUCACACUGGAGAGAAACCUUACACCUGCCAACAGUGUGGAAAGAGUUUCAGACAUAAAGAAAGCCUUAAAGUCCACAAGAGAACUCACACUGGAGAAAAGCCUUACAUCUGCAAACAAUGUGGACAGAGUUUCAGUCAAAAAGGAAGCCUUACAGCCCACAUGAGAACACACACUGGAGAGAAGCCUUACACCUGCCAACAGUGUGGAAAGAGUUUCAGUGGAAAAGGAAGACUUACGGUCCACAUGAGAGUUCACACUGGAGAAAAGGCUUACACCUGCCAACAAUGUGGAAAGAGUUUCACACACAAAGGAAGCCUUGAAGUCCACAAGAGAAUUCACACUGGAGAAAAGCCUUACAUCUGCAAACAAUGUGGACAGAGUUUCAGUCAAAAAGGAAGCCUUACAGCCCACAUUAGGGUUCACACUGGAGAAAAGCCUUACACCUGCCAACAGUGUGGAAAGAGUUUUCAUGGAAAAGGAAAGCUUGACAUCCACAUGAGAAUUCACACUGGAGAAAAGCCUCACACCUGCCAACAGUGUGGAAAGAGUUUCACAUACAAAGGAAGCCUUGAAGUCCACAAGAGAACUCACACUGGAGAAAAGCCUUACAUCUGCCAACAAUGUGGAAAGAGUUUCAGUCAAAAAGGAAGCCUUGAAGUCCACAUGAGAAUUCACACUGGAGAAAAGCCUUACACCUGCCAACAGUGUGGAAAGAGUUUCCAUGGAAAAGGAAAGCUUGACCUCCACAUGAGAAUUCACACUGGAGAAAAGCCUUACACCUGCCAACAAUGUGGAAAGAGUUUCACAUACAAAGGAAGCCUUGAAGUCCACAAGAGAAUUCACACUGGAGAAAAGCCUUACACCUGCCAACAAUGUGGAAAGAGUUUCAGUGAGAAAGGAAACCUUAUAGUUCACAUGAGAAUUCACACUGGAGAAAAGCCUUACACCUGCCAACAGUGUGGAAAGAGUUUCACAUGUAAAAAAACCCUUAAAGUCCACAUGAGAACUCACACUGGAGAGAAGACAUUUACAUGUGAUCAGUGUGGAAAGAGUUUCAGAUUUAAAGGUGACCUUAAGGGCCACAUGAAAAUUCACUCGAAAGAGAACUCUUUUAGAAGUCGUCACUGUGGAAAAAACAGAGGUGUAAAGAGUACCUGAAAACCAUACUUGUGUAAAAGUACAGAUACCUUACAGCAAAAAUGACUCCAUUACAAGUUACAAGUCACCAAUCUAAUACAACUUGGGUAAAGGUCUUGUUAUGAGCAGAAGUUAUUUAUUCAUUUAUCCCAUCCUGUUGUCCUGUGUUUGUCUUGUGUAUUUUUUUUUUCUCUCUAUGUAUGUGCCUGCAUGUUUGUAUUACAGAUGGGUGUGGCUUGUGAUAACCUGUUGGAGGCUGCAAUUGGUUCUCCUCCUCACCUGAUCUGGAUAUAAAGACCGCCCCAAACACACUGAAGAGGCCAUCAUUGUGCCAUUGCGUCGUUGAUCGUAUCCUAUCUCAUCAUUACUUCGUAUCGUUUGUUAGUCUAGAGUGUCAUGCCAGAGAGAUUGAUUGUGAGUGAUUAUUUGGAGUUUGUAUUUGUGAGUGUGACUGACUGUAGUAUUUUGUUUGUUGUUAUUUCUUGUUUAUUUGACUCACGCCUGUUUGACUAUCGAUUACUGGAUUCUGAUUCUGCUUUGUUCGCUACGGACUUCUGUAAAUAUUACCUGUAAAUACUUUUGUAUAUAUCUUUGCCCAAUCGAGGGAUGUAGGGGGUUUGACGCCAUUUUAUUUUGUACACAUUUUCAUAUUGUUUUUGGUUAGGGAGAUAGGUAAGUUUAAACUGUAUUUUGUUUUCUUUAUUUUCAAUUAGGAAUUGUAGAGGUUUAAAAAAAAGGAUUCUUUUGUUUAUUAUUUUGGCCUUGUCUGCCCCUGACGCUAAACCCUCUGUAAGAAAUAAAAUCUUUCUUAUUGGAA